AAAUUCUGGCGUCCAUCGCCAUACGUUGGCGCAGCGUUGAUAACGUUGCUUGCGACCGUUCUCGCGAUGAUAUUGCUUCCGGAGACUAAAGGCAGACCACUUCCCGACAGUCUUCUCGAUACGAAACGAUAUCAUGGCACGAACCCCAAACGACAUGCCGACAGCAGGCAGGAUGAAAGUAAUGUGCCGUUGAAAGAAUGA